UGAAAUAGAAGCCUGCACGGCCUCGCUUAGGGGAUGUUUUGCCCCACGGCGUUCCAGGAUGGGGUUUGCUGGGCUCCACGCCUGCUGCCAUCCCGUCCGGCGGCCCCGGGCGGGAGCGGCCGCCCUGGGGCAGCGGGAGAGAGAGGUAUUGGGCUGCGGGAGACUCUGUCGGAAAGGAGGCCGUGAGCAGCAACAACAAGCUGUUGCCUGCCAGGUGCGAACGCCUUGUUUUCCUGCACGAAGUUCAAAGUUUUGCAAGAGGUCAGAGGUCUGGGAUCCAGGUGGUUGAGCUGGAAGGGAGCACGCACUACAGACUACUCUUUCCAAACAACUAACAGGUGUGCUCAGCUAAAAGCCUUGGGAGAAACUUGGCAGAAUGAAGCCUGUCAUCGUGGUGCAUGGUGGAGCUGGACGGAUCUUCAAAGAGCGAGAAGAGGGAUGUCGUGCUGGCACUGUCAGAGCUGCGCUUCAAGGUUAUGCUGUCCUGAAACGGGGAGGCAGCGCCGUAGAUGCUGUUGAGGAGGCAGUACAGUCAAUGGAAGAUGAUCCUCAUUUUAAUGCAGGUUGUGGAUCUGUUCUAAAUGAAAAAGGUGAAGUAGAAAUGGAUGCCAUUAUAAUGGAUGGAAAAAAUUUAGACUCUGGAGCAGUAUCUGCAGUUAAAUGCAUAGCAAACCCAAUAAAACUUGCUCGACUUGUUAUGGAAAAGACAAAGCACAUGCUGCUGACUGAUCAGGGUGCACACCUGUUUGCUCGGACCAUGGGUAUUCCUGAGAUUCCAGGGGAGAAACUAGUAACUGAGAGAUCCCGUGAGAGAUGGAGGAAGAACCUUGAACCAGAUUUCAACCCUGAAGAUUUUCAGAAAGACCUUGGAACAGUUGGUGCUGUUGCUAUAGACAGUGAAGGCAAUGUAGCUUGUGCAACAUCCACUGGAGGACUCUCUAAUAAGCUGAUUGGCCGUGUUGGUGACACAGCAUGCAUAGGAAGUGGAGGUUAUGCUGAUAAUCAUUCUGGUGCCACUUCAACCACAGGACAUGGCGAGAGCAUUAUGAAAGUGGUCUUAGCCCGACUGAUCCUCUAUCACAUGGAACAAGGAAUGUCACCAGAGGUGGCAGCAGACACUGCAUUAGACUACAUGAAGACAAGAGUUGGGGGCCUGGGGGGUGUCAUUGUUGUCAGCAAGGCAGGAGAGUGGGCAGCAAGGUUCUCCACCAAGCAAAUGUCCUGGGCUGCUGUAAAGGAUGAUGAGCUGCAUUAUGGGAUUUGUGCUGGGGAGAAGCAUGUGAAAUCUCUUGAUGAAGCACUUGUAUCUGCAAGUGAGGGACUGUAAGCAUGAAGAAAUGUUGGCUGAGGAGGAAUGAAGAUCUCCAGUUUUCACUGGAGGACAAUGACAGUUGAUUUUAUCUUUCUGAAAGAUCUGUACUUUUUUGUGGAGUGGCAUUGCCACAUUUACAUUCAAAACAAAAUCUGGAUGUAGUUCUCUAGUGGACAUGGAUAUAUUAAUACCUUUGUGAAGUCAGGAGAUCCUCCUUUUCUAGAUAAGAAAGAGAAUGGUCAGUAGGUUUUGUGGUUAGCAUGCCAUAAUCCUACAUUAAAGGGAGCCUGAGUUUCAGUAUUAGAGAAACUCCUUUCCAUGCCCAUUUUCAGAGACUACUGCCAGGAUGAUUUGAGAGAUGAAUACCUAUUAAUUAAAAACCGAAUUUUGAAAAUCCAGAGUCUUUUGAGCAGCGCUCCCAUGAUAACAGAUUGCUGACUGUCAGUGACGUACCACCCAAGAGCAGUGAAGAGUUAAGACUCAGUCAUCGUCACAGGCUUGAAGUAACUGUCAGAGGAAAUAAUGGAGUAAAGAGAAUAACUUUUCUCAGAAAAGAGAAAUGUAAUACAGUCUAAGGAGCUGUAAUUCUGAUUAACUGGAAAAAUAAUUAUCUAAAAGUAAGUGAUGAAAACAAUCUGUACUAAACCAAACAAAACUGCUUCUUAACAAGCUUCUUGUAUGAAGUCUGAAACAUCUGCAGAGAUUUUCUUUUUUAAAAAGAACUGAUGUUUUACAUUACUUCUGAUACAGUUUCUUUGUUAAGAUUUUGGUGGGUUUUUUUUUUUUCUAUUUUCUGACUCAACCAUAUAAUUCUUUUUGUUAAAAACUGUAAUAAUUUUAUGGAUUUCAACUGAUGACUAGGUUUCCUCUCUGGGCAGAUUUGUAUGUUCAAAUUGCAUGCCAUCACUCUGUGGUUUGUUCCUUUACAAGAUAGCCCAAAUAAACAUAAAAAAAUCUUAAAUCAGGGUUUUAAACCACUAGUCUCCCAACUACAAUAAACUGUGUUAUUGAGUUGGCGCAUACAGAAUGGUAGGGUUGCCAAGACUGUCUGACCUGCUCUCUACUUUAUCCAUGGUUUCUUAGAUGUUGCAGAUGACUGAAUAUGGACAGUGAUGGUUCAAGAGAAGAUGGCACAUGCAAAACAUAACCUUGUGUACUUUGUUCAACAGAAGAUCAUGUAGAAAAUGGCUACUAUCUGAUCAUCACAUGUUAAUAAAACAGUACCAGUAUUUCUG